UGGGUGUGGGCUCAGGCAAACGAACAUUUUUAAAGCGCAUUCGAAGAAGAACUUCAAAAUUAGCAUCAACGCGGUCACCGUACGAACAGGUUGGUGGGCCUAGAGGGGGGGUCUGGAUGCAGUCGUCAUGGUGAAGGAUGUUCCGGAAAGUCAAGAAGCGCCACAGCAGCAGCAGCUCGCAGAGCAGCGAGAUCAGCACCAAGAGCAAGUCUGUUGAUUCCAGUUUAGGAGGACUCUCCAGAUCCAGCACCGUCGCCAGCCUCGACUCAGACUCCAACAAGAGCUCAGCAGGAAACAGUGCGUCUGAGACGUGCGCUGAGUUUCGGGUAAAGUAUGUUGGAUCCAUCGAGAACUUGGAAUUUGCGAUGAGCAAGACCCUGCAGGAACCUCUAGACCUCAUCAACUACAUCGAUGCUGCUCAGCAAGACGGAGAACUGCCCUUUGUUCCUGGAGAUGAGGAGAUGGUUCUGGGAGUGUCGAAGUAUGGCAUCAAAGUUGCCUCAGUGGAUCAGUGUGACGUGCUGCAUCGACACCCUCUGUAUUUGAUUGUGCGUAUGCUGUGCUACGACGACGGCCUGGGCGCGGGGAAGAACCUGUUGGCUCUGAAAACCACGGACACGAAACAAGAGGAGUGCAGCAUCUGGGUGUAUCAGUGCAGCAGCUCAGAGCAGGCUCAGUCCAUCUGCAAGGUGCUGUCCACUUCUUUUGACUGCGCUCUGUCAUCAGACAAGUCCUGAAGCCGGACUAACAGAUGAGGUGAAAAAAAAAGGAAGAAGAAAUGAAGAAGAAAACCCAUCAUGGCCACUGCCUUCUGAUUGCAAGUCUUCAUAUCGUUUUAUGAGUCUUUACUGGAGGUGAUGAGGAUCAGGCUUCACUGUUGAACAUUUUGUAGAUUAGAUCAGGGAAUUAAAAACAAAAACAUUUGAGUGUAUCCAGGAGGUUUUACGAGUUUUAAUGUUUGCUGUGAAUUCAGGUGGAUCUGAUGGCUGCUUAUCCCAAGGUCUCCCAGCACAACAUUUCAGUUUGUGUCGUUUUCGUCCUCGYCGUCAGUGUUUUUAAUGUUGUGGCUGUUUGAUGUAACCUGUGUCCUCCUCUCCCAUCAUCCUCCAGUUGAGAUGAAGCCCAUUUGUUUUUCCAAAACCCUUUUUAUCCCAACUGCUUGUUGUUCAUUUUCAAGAUAAAGUGAGGAAAAAAAGUUCAGUUGUAGCAACAGAGAUCAGUUUUUAGUUUAAAAAUUACUUUCAGCGUCUCCAUUUAAAAACUGCGGUACCAAACAACACGGUACUGAGAUUAACUCAUGAAGUUACUUUUCAGAAUGAUUUCUGUGAUUUGAUGACAGUAUUGGUACAAAAACAGUCACUUCUGACUGGAAGGAAUGUUACAAACGCCUUUUAUUUGUCCUAAUUUAUAAUAUUUUUUUAAUUCAAUCAGUGAUUUUCUUGGUACCAAAUGUAUAUUUUAUUCUGAAGAUCUGUAGGAUUUAUUUUCAUAUGAAAGUAACUUAGGGUGGGACAUUGUUUACAGCCUUUACUUGACUUUUCUUCAGUCGUGUAGAAAAUAUGUGAAAACUUGAAAAGUAGUUGGAUUUGGUACAACACAGGAGUUUUGUGUCUCAAGUUUGUCUGCCUUAAAUGUAAUAAAGGACUGCAUUCAUAUUGUU